AUGUCGGGCCUGGCGCGGGCCCUGCGGCGGGCGGCGGCUCCCGGGAGGGUCCCCGCGGCCCGCAGAGGGGGCGGCGGGGCCGGGGCGCAGCGCUGGGGCUGGGGGCUGGCGCUGGGGCUGGCGCUGGGGGUUCGAGCGGCGCCGGAGGGAGGCGAGCCUGAGAGCGGGCGGGAGGAGAAGCCGCCGCCGCCGCCGCCGCCGCGGGGCUUCGGAGCGGCCGUGGAGAGGAGCAGGGACCUGGUGCGGAGGAUCAAGGAUGAAGCAGGAAUCCCAGGUAUAUUAGUUGGAGUUUCUGUAGAUGGAAAGGAAGUCUGGUCAGAAGGUCUGGGCUAUGCUGACGUGGAGAACCGUGUGCUGUGUAAGCCAGAGACCAUCAUGCGCAUCGCCAGCAUCAGCAAGUGCCUCACAAUGAUGGCUGUGGCUAAACUGUGGGAAGAGGGGAAACUGGAUUUAGAUGCUCCAGUGCAGAAAUAUGUCCCUGAAUUUCCAGAAAAGUUCUACGAGGGUGAAAAGGUCACUAUUACCACAAGACUGUUAGUUUCACACUUGAGUGGGAUUCGUCACUAUGAAAAAGAUAUUACAAAAGUAAAAGAAGAAAAGGAAAAGGCAAACAGAGCACUUAAACUAACAAAAUCCCAUCAAGAUAAAGAACAAAAAGAAGGUAAAGAGACUGAAAAAUCUGAAUGUGUCAAACAGAAGAAAGAACAUCAUAGUGGGACAAAAAGCCAAAAUUCAAAGCCUGGCAGGAACGACAAGGAGUUUGAACAGGAAGAGUAUUAUUUGAAGGAAAAGUUUGAAAGUGUGAUUGAAUCACUGAAGAUAUUUAAAAAUGAUCCUUUAUUCUUCAAACCAGGCAGUCAGUUCUUGUACUCAACGUAUGGCUUUACUCUCUUAAGUGCUGUUGUGGAGAGAGCUUCAGGACAAAAAUUUACAGAUUAUAUGCUGAAAAUGUUUCGUGAUUUGGAUAUGCUGUCAACUGUCCUAGAUGACAAUGAAGCAAUGAUAUAUAACAGAGCAAGGUGUUACAUUUACAACAAAAAGGGACGGCUGGUAAAUGCACCAUAUGUGGACAACUCUUACAAGUGGGCCGGUGGUGGCUUUCUAUCAUCAGUAGGUGACCUCCUGAAAUUUGGAAAUGCCUUGUUGUACAGUUAUCAAGCUGGACAAUUUAAAAACAGGAAUGCCAAACUUCUUCCAGGGUACCUCAAGCCAGGCACAGUUGCAAUGAUGUGGACUCCAGUGCCCAAAACAGAAGUGUCGUGGGAUAGGGAUGGUAAAUACGCAAUGGCUUGGGCUGUGGUAGAGAAAAGCCAACAGUAUGGCUGCUGCAGACAGCUGAGACACUAUGCAUCCCAUACUGGGGGUGCUGUGGGGGCCAGCAGUGUCCUCCUCAUUCUGCCUGAAGAGCUGGACCCCGAAGCUCUGGGUACUUGGCCAGUGGCCCCGCCGAGAGGAGUAAUUGUCACCAUUAUCUGUAAUAUGCAAUCGGUCUCGCUCAACAGCACUGCCUUAAAGAUUGCAAGGGAAUUCGAUAAAGAGAAACGGGCACAAUGUACAGACUAAAAGAGAUGUGUGUGACUGAACUCACUGUACUGAAAAACAAAGGGAGAAGGGUGUAAUUCAAGUUCACUAAGUAUAUGGGAUGAAAAAGCAUAAACAAUUCACUUAAUUAACCUCUGCUAGUGGUGCUAAACUUAUGUUUUAACUGGAAUUCAUCUCUCAGGGAAAUUCCUAACUUACAGAAAAUGAGAAUGUAACAUUCAAUGAUGACUUUCUGUAGUACCUGUGUAAAUUAUCAUUAUAUUAGCAGUUUAUUUUUAUCAACUAGUGAAACACUUGACCAAGAUUAAAAAAUAGCUUUUUUUUUUGCACUAAGAAGUACAAAUUACCUACCUUGAAUGUUAAACUUUUGAUAAAUUCCACAUCGUGAUUUGAGCACACAAAUACGUUGUUAUUCUCAGUUCCAGUCUGCCAAAACUAAUCAGUAUUAAAGAAAAAUUGUGUCA